AUGGCUGCGACGAUGAUGAUGACGAUCCGGGCGGACAGGUGUGCCGAGCAAGCUAACAAUAAUAUAGUUGCGUACUUUCGAAGAGAAAUACGCCGACAGGUGUCGCGACUAGUCAUGGUCGCUACUGCUGCGACGGCAGCCGAUGAGGUCUCCUCCAUCAACCGAGUUCUACGCAAUCUCUCGGCCAGGCCUAUGGAAGCCGUAGCGCCCGGCCCCUAUGGCUUGCCCGUAGGAAGCUCUACGUGGCCCGUAGGCGCCUGGUAUCCGGUGGUGGGGCCGGGAGGCAGUGACGAGGCGAGAGCGGGCGGCAGCAGAGACAGAGAGGAGCCGCGAGACCUGACAUCUCAUAAAGUUUCAGACGAGCUAGGUGAGGGCGGCGAUUCCCAUGCGCGCAUGGAGCUGAAGAAGAAACUGCAGAGAAACCGCACGUCGUUUACCAACGAGCAAGUCGAAGCUCUGGAACGCGAGUUUGAAAGAACGCAUUAUCCGGAUGUCUUUGCGAGAGAGAGAUUAGCUGGCAAGAUAGGCCUACCUGAGGCCAGAAUACAGGUCUGGUUUUCUAAUCGGCGAGCAAAAUGGCGGAGAGAGGAGAAGCUGAGAAGUCAGCGGCGAGGCCAAGACAGCUUCCCCGUAGCCACGACCACCUCCGCCGUCUCCUCCGUGGGACGCCUCCCCAUCAGCAGUUGUUUAACGGCAAGCGUGUACCCGUCGAUGCCACAGCCACCCACCGAGACGUACGGGUCCGUCGCUCAGAUGCCGAGUUACGGAAUGAACAACGGCACUCAGUCUUCUACGUGCCUGCAGCAGCAGCGAGACGCCUCCUCUUACCCGUACAGCAUACCCGCUCCUACACGCGGCUACGACCCUCUCUCCAGCCUAGGUGGCUACUCCAGAGGGCCGGUGAGCUCAGCUAACGUGGGCAUGCAGGGAAUGGAAGGCCACCUAAGCUUCAGUAACGCGUCCAGUACUGGGUUACUCGCGGCAGGCCUACCUGUGCCCGUACCAGCGCAGGAAAUGCCAUCGCAGUACUGGCCGCAUCGGCUGCAGUGACCACAGCGCGGUCCUAGCAUCGUCGGACACACGCCGCACGCGUGGCCAUAGUCACAAGGACAAUCACUAUAUGCUUUCUCGACAAUCGUCAGCGCAGUGCCUUAUGGGAGAAGAGACAGACGGGACCACCGAGCCGGGCACGGCACAGUGGGCGUUGAUGGCAGGAAACCAAACCGAUUUCGUUAAGGAAAAAGACACAAGUGAAGCCGAGAGAAAGGCCGGAGCCCGGGAUGAGUUUAGAGAUGGGAGCCGCCAGCGUGUGGGAAUGCGACAGCUAGAACAUCGACUACUUUCUGUGCAUCGUUGACUGCAGGCCUCAGCUGCGAGCACUGUGUGAUGGAGCACCGACGUUAUCUGCAACGUUAGCUGCGAGCUAGUGUGAUAGUGUGGGGUGCCACCGACGUUAGUUCACUAUGUACUGAUGUGUGGAACCACCCCUCAACAGAAGUUAGGGGUAAUCGCACAGCACGCUCAGCGAACAUGGCAAAAUGGAGCCGCCAUGUUGUCCGUUUAUCGCUGGCAGUACUCAUACGGUAUUACGGUAGAGGUAAUUGAUCCGUCGUGUAGGAAGGAUUGAUGGAAUAUCGAUGACGCUGCGGCAUCGACGAUUUGACAGGUGACCAGUGAGAUCGGAUAGACGUGGUGGAGACAACGCUAACAGAUCUAUUACUCCUCAUGUCGCCAUGUUUGCCAUCAACCGUCUUCUGUGAUUGUUCGUUAGUAUAGAGGGCGCAGCGAAACGGCUUCUCCCGUCGAACUGUAAGUUGGGUUUUUUCAACAUCGUACGUAAGAGAUACGAGUACCUCACUUUGCAAUCAAAUUAACAGGAUCAGUUGAUCGGAAAAUCUAAAUCAAAAACGUUAUGAUAUAGAGCUAUAAAUGAUCAUUCAAAAUGACCACGAAAGACGCACCACUUAGUAGAAAGUUGUUAUAGUAUAUAUAUAUAUGAUAGAUACUACAAUGUUUACGCAAAUAUAUAAUGAAAAUUCGAGAUGAAUUGCGUAGUACAACUAGAUAAUACAAGAACGUUGGACAGCAAAUGCUGGCAGCACGUUUCCAUUUUGUUGAGGAUUCGUGGAAUCCAUUAUGCCAUUUACGAAUUGCAUUUUGGGAUUAUUUUGUCAUGGUUUUAAUUUGAACUUUUACGCGGUUGUAAUGUUAAAUCACUUCUACUGUUGCACUCGUUCUCUCUGUUUCUCUGCACAUAGUUGUUAAAAUAGUCGUACCAAGGUGAUAGUGUUUUACUUAGCUGGUAUUUUACGGAUGCAUAUAGUUAGCACCGAAAUGAAUUUCACAUCUAGUAUAUUUCUGUCUGUAUGAGAUUUCUACUCAUAGUGAAACACAGUUGCUUCACAUAUUUUUACAACUCCAGCAAAUCUUGUAAUAUCAUUUCAGUAAAAUUCUUACUAUUUUUCA